UCGUAUAAUAAUGUUCAAAGUCCGACCACCGGACUAACAUAAAAAAAAAUUAGUAGAUACCUAGUUACUAGUCAGACUAAUUACCUGUGAUAUAAUUAUGGUAUUCGAAACUCUUUUGGUAUCGACGGCCGUAAAAACUAUAGGAAUAGUCGGUUCGACCCUUUGGCUUAUUCCUUUAAUUUUGGCGGGACUUUCGUACGUUAACUAUAACAAAUUCGACCCCGAAACGCCUAUUAUGGAAGCUCAAAGGAUUUACAGGGACUACGAUUUCAUUGUAGUCGGUGGAGGAUCAGCAGGAGCAGUUGUGGCUUCCAGGAUAUCAGAAAUAUCCAAAUGGAGAGUUCUUCUUCUAGAAGCUGGUUUCGAUGAGAACGAAGUAAGUGAUGUGCCAUCCUUAGCUGCGUAUUUACAACUAUCGAAAUUAGAUUGGAGUUACAAAACAGAAUACACCGGCAGGGCCUGUCUCGGAAUGAAGAAUGGCCAGUGCAAUUGGCCCAGAGGAAAAGUACUCGGUGGAUCAAGUGUUCUCAAUUACAUGUUAUACGUCAGAGGCAACCGAAACGACUAUGACAUGUGGGAAAAAUUAGGUAACACAGGAUGGAAUUACGAAAAUGUUUUAAAAUAUUUCAUAAAAUCAGAAGACAAUAGAAAUCCGUAUUUAGCUAAAACUGCUUAUCAUGGUACAGGAGGACCGUUGACAAUUCAAGAGUCUCCUUGGAGAACUCCUUUAGUAGUGGCAUUUCUAGAAGCAGGUACCGAAAUGGGUUAUCCAGUAAGAGAUAUCAAUGGAGCAGAUCAAGCUGGAUUUAUGAUAGCACAGGGAACAAUAAGACGAGGUUCUAGAUGCUCGACGGCGAAAGCUUUUUUAAGGCCAGUAAAGUUACGCAAAAAUAUAGACAUAGCUUUGAAUGCUCAUGUCACAAGAGUCCUUAUAAAUCCUGCAACGAUGAGGGCAUUUGGUGUUGAAUUCGUCAGGAAUGGAAGGAAACAAAUAGUCACAGCAAAAAAAGAGGUUAUUCUAUCUGCAGGAGCUAUCAAUACACCACAAAUUAUGUUAUUAUCUGGAUUAGGACCGAAAGCAGAAUUAACGAAGCACGGAAUACCCGUACUUAGAAAUCUGGCUGUAGGAGAAAAUUUACAAGACCAUGUCGCUAUGGGGGGUUUAACGUUUAGAGUAAAUAAACCAGUAUCUAUUGUACAAGAUCGAUUUCAAGCGAUUACCAUGACUAUGCAGUACGUUCUGCAUCAAAAAGGGCCCAUGACUACCUUGGGUGGUGUGGAAGGAUUAGCAUUUGUAAACACUAAAUUCGGAAACCGAUCUUGGCCAGACAUCCAAUUCCAUAUGGCGCCUGCUAGUAUAAACUCAGACGCGGGAGCCAAAGUUCGUAAAGUUCUGGGUAUUACGGACGAAUUAUAUAACACGGUUUAUAAACCCAUAGCGAAUAAGGACGUUUAUACAUUGAUGCCGCUUCUUCUACGACCGAAAUCCAGAGGAUGGGUCCGACUGAGAAAUAAAAAUCCAUUUGCUCCUCCAUUGAUUAACGCCAAUUAUUUCGAUCAUCCUGAUGAUAUUAAAAUAUUAGUUGAAGGUGCGAAAAUUGCGAUGAAUAUUAGUAGUACGCAGGCGUUCCAAAAAUUCGGCAGCUUUUUGCACAGCAUCCCCUUUCCUAAUUGUAGACAGUUUGAAUUUACCAGUGACAAAUAUUGGGAGUGCCAUAUACGAACCAUUUCGAUGACCAUUUAUCAUCCUGUCGGUACUUGUAAAAUGGGACCAUCUUGGGAUCCAGAAGCUGUUGUAGAUCCGAGAUUGAGGGUUUACGGUGUCUCUGGAUUGCGAAUUAUAGAUGCUUCUAUUAUGCCAACAAUACCUAGCGGUAAUACGAACGCCCCUACGAUAAUGAUUGGCGAGAAGGGUGCUGAUUUGAUUAAAGAAGAUUGGUUAAAUAAUAAUGACAUAUUUCCAAUCGCGACUACGUCUCAAUAUUUAAAUCUACUAGAUGGAGUUAUUAAACUUCUUAUUGACGGAGGAAAUCAAGCGCAAACUGAACCGCCGGACAUGCCAGAAGAUCGGUUACUGAAAGAAUAUGAUUUUAUUAUUGUUGGCGCAGGAACUGCUGGUUGUGUAUUGGCCAACAGAUUAAGCGAAAAUCCAAAUUGGAACGUGCUCUUGAUUGAAGCAGGUCGACCAGAAAACUUUAUGAUGGACCUACCCAUAUUGGCCAAUUACCUUCAAUUUACAGAAAGUAAUUGGAAAUAUAAAACUGAGCCCAGUAACAGAUAUUGUCUUGGUUUCGAUGACCAAAAAUGUAAUUGGCCUAGAGGUAAAGUUGUUGGAGGAUCUAGCGUCUUAAAUUAUAUGAUAUACACUAGAGGCAAUCGCAGAGAUUACGAUCGAUGGGCAGACAUGGGUAAUACGGGAUGGUCAUACGAAGAUGUACUACCGUACUUUAAAAAAGUCGAACGUUUUUCAGUAAAAGAACACAUGAAUCCGAUGAACCAUCACUACCACGGAACCGAUGGUUACUUAACUGUCAGUUAUGCUCCUGGUAAAACGAAAAUAGCAGAUGCCGUUAUUAACGCUAGUCAACAAUUGGGUCUUCCUACAAUAGACUACAAUGCGGCAACACAGGUGGGAGUAUCGCGUUUACAAGUUUCAAUGAAGGACGGAGUCCGUGAUAGUGCCAGUAGAGCGUACCUUCAUCCGAUAUCGCAAAGACCGAAUCUUCACGUCAUAAAAUUCACUAUGGUAUCUAAAAUACUCAUAGAUCCGAAUACCAAAGCAGCGUAUGGUGUAGAAUACGUAAGAAAUAAAAAGAAACAAACUGUAUUUGCAACGAAAGAAGUUAUCUCGUCGGCAGGUGCGAUAAAUUCCCCACAACUUCUCAUGCUUAGUGGAAUAGGACCUAAAAAGCAUCUUACAUCGUUAGGAAUUGAAGUUUUGAAGGAUCUCAAAGUAGGUUACAAUCUAAUGGAUCACGUAGCCACGGGUGGUAUAACCUACGUUAUAGAUAAACCUUAUUCUAUAAGAAUAGAAAGACUUAUCAAUAAAGAAAAUUUGGAUUUAUAUUUGAAUCACCACCAAGGACCAUUAUCGAUAGCGGGAGGUUGUGAAGUGCUGGUAUUUCACGAUUUUUCUAAUCCUAAUGAUACCGACGGAUAUCCGGAAAUCGAGUUACUAUACGAAGCGGGAUCGGUGGUUUCCGACUACACGUUCAGAAGGAGUUUCGGUAUAACAGACGAAAUAUACGAUGCUGUUUACACCCCCAUACAAGAUAAAGAUACUUUCAUGGUGAUGCCGAUGUUGAUGAGACCGAAAAGUAAAGGUAGAAUCAUGUUGAAAAAUGCGGAUUACAAAACGAAACCGCUCAUUUAUCCGAAUUAUUUCGCUCAUCAAGAAGAUAUGGAUAUAAUGAUUAAAGGGAUCCGAUUGGCUAUGAAGAUAUCCGAACAACCCGCUCUCAAAGCGAUCGGAGCUAAAUUGCACGAUAUCCCGAUACCGCAAUGCGCGAAAUUUAAAUUCGCCAGCGACGAAUAUUUCGAUUGCAUGACGCGACAUUUCAGCUUCACUAUUUAUCAUCAGAGUGGUACUUGCAAGAUGGGUCCUGCGAAAGAUAAAAGGGCCGUAGUAGAUCCGCGUUUGAGAGUUUACGGUAUCAAGAAUUUGAGGGUGAUCGAUGCUUCUAUAAUGCCCGAAGUACCUGUAGCUCACACCAACGCACCUACUUAUAUGAUUGCAGAAAAAGGAGCUGAUAUGAUUAAGGAAGAUUGGAAUAUGAAAUUAUAAAAA